AAUGUCGGGAUCGGACGAUGAAAAGCUGAGGCUGUUAAAGGGACUUAACGAAAGAUGGUGGGACGAGGAUGGCAAUUUGGUUACGCUACACUCAUCCUGCAAACUGAUAGCGCCCUAUAUACGGGACGAGAUUAUACACGCGGGAAUUGCGAGGGCGGACGCCGCAAGUGGCCUUACGCCUUUGGACGAUGUAACCGCUCUCGAAGUUGGAUGCGGAGGGGGCAUCCUGACUGAACGUUUGGCAAAGAUGGGAUGUACGGUGACCGGAAUAGACGUUAUUGGCGAACUUAUAGCGGUCGCUAAACGGCGCGCGUCGUCCGAUCCCCUUCUGAAAACCAAAGUGAGUUACAAGAAGGAGUCCAUCGAACAUCACGCCGCCAAUAAUGCCGAAAAAUACGACGUCGUCGUUUCGCACUUUUGCCUGGAGCAAGCUGAAGACCAACAAACCUUUAUCGAAUCUUGCGGUAAAUGUCUCAAACCUGGCGGAGCCAUUUUCAUUACUACCGUCAGCAAAACCAUCUUAAGCUGGUUGGGAAUUGUACUUCUGUACGAGAAACUCUUCAAGUGCAUACCCGUUGGAAUGCACGAUUGGAAUAGGUGCCUUACCGCAGACAAAUGUCACCAAAUUCUUCAGCGACAUAAUCUAAAAACGAUAGCAACGCGAGGAUUUUACUACAAUUAUUUUUCCAAAAGGUCCUUUUGGAUUCGAUGUGCAUCCUUAUUCUACAUAACGUAUGCAAAGAAAAAGGCCAUCGAAGAAAAUGUGAAAGAAAUAACUAAAGAUUGUUUAAAGAAAUGAAUAGGGGAUUAGUUUUUAAGACGAAUACCACAAAAUUUCGUGUUAAAUUAACAAAAAAAUUGAAAUGGUUCCAAUACACACUUCCCUUGUACAGGAUUUUCUACAAAUAUUUUUUGUUUUACGAUUUAAAGCAAUUUACAUGGAUACGGUUUCUGCGAAGUGCACCUAACUUACAUAGUACGAGUAAGAAUAAUACAGGAAAAAUCUGUAUCCACAAUUUACCUUAAAGAUAAUUAUAAUGAACCCAUGAAUUUUGAAGAUUUCCUUAACUACAUAAUAUAAUAAAAAAGACUUGUUCUGUAUGUUAAAUUCAGAAACGUGUCAAUAAAGUUUUAGUUUAUAUA